AUGUAUGACCUCCUCACUGUUCUCAUGAACUAUUUCAUCAUUGCAUUCAUGUAUGACCUCCUCACUGUUCUCAUGAACUAUUUCAACACUGUUCUCAUGAACGACCUCCUUACUGUCUUUCAUAAGCGUUUCAAAGUCUCCUUUACUCAUUACUUCAAUCUCAUGCUGUUCACAGUAGUACUUAAACUCACUGUAUAUGUCUUUGUUGUAUGUUAUAUUGCUUCCCAUGUACUCCAUGAAUUUUUCAAGCACUUCCUCAUAAUUCACUGUUUCUUUCUUUCCACGACCUUCUAA